AUGGAGAUAGACGUGCCUGCGAACGUCGUUCGCGUGAGGCUCAUUCUCACCGUGUCGCGCACCGGCGUCCGCACGGGCAGUCGGCCGUCCGCUAACAUCGACUGCGACGAGUGCGUCUAUUGCCGAGACAAGCCGCGACUCGGCGGGCCCGGCACCAAGCGUCAAAAGUGCGUCCUCAAGCGGAGCCCGACGGCGCAUGUCUACUCGGCAGCUGCGCUGCACGACGCCGACUCAGACGCAGCGCCCGCGCUGCCGGCCAAGCGGCGGCGCAUUGCGAAGCGCUCGUUCGAUUGCGAGGAGCUGAUCGGCAUGGGCUUUUCGGAGGGCGACGCCCGCAGGGCCCUCGCCGAUUGCAGCGGCGUCGUGGGCGACGCUGCCGAGCGGCUGAUUCGCUUACCACGGCGCGUGUGGGUGGAUUGGGUGAACGGCAGGAAGAUGGAGACCUACCGCGGCGUCGUCGAGUCGUACGACGCGAGCACAGGCGAGCACACCAUCCUUUACGAGGACAACGAGCGCGCGCCAACCCUGCUCCGCGAGCAGGAGGACGCCGGGCUCUUGACGUGGCGGGAUCCCACCGCGCGGCCGGCGCCCACGCGUGCAGAGGAGGCGGAGGGGGAGGAUGUGGCGGUGGUGGCGGAGGCGGAGGGCUUGCGUUUGCACCUGUCGAUUGGCAGCAACACCGGCUACAAGGGCGUGCGCAAGGACAGCCGGAGCGGCCGCUUCAAAGCGGAGCAGUGGACAGGCGGACGGUACAUAUCCCUCGGCAAGUUCGGCACGGCGGUGGAGGCGGCGGUGGCGUACGCGCGGGCGGUCGGGGAGGGGCCGACGGCUGCCGCUGCACCCCCUGCCAAGCGUUUUCGUCUCGCCGUCGCUGAGCCGGUGGAGAGGACUGCGAGCGGCAGCGGAGCAGCGGCAUCCGUGCAGUGCGGUGGAAGCGACAGCGGCAGCGAGGACGGCCAACGGAGGUCGGCGGUGAUCCUGACGGCAAAACGGGUGGCAAAACGGGUGACGGCAGCAGUGGUGCAAAAGGGUGCGAGCUCUGCUUGUGAGAGCGAGGGCACCGGCGCAGCGAUUCUCGCCGUCACCACUGCUGCCGCUGCGCCGACGCUUGCGCUCGACCACGACGUGGCCUUCCUGGGCGAUUGCGUCAGGAAUUGCCUUCAGUCGCCGAGGUCAGUCGCGUGCGUUCGCGCGCGCAUGCAAUGCCUCUCGCAGAAGCAGCUUGCAGCGGUGCUGCAUGUGUCCCAGGCGUCCCUUAGCAGCUGGCUGAAAGGUGUCCGGCAGUCGGAGGAGAAGGUGCGCCAGGUUGACGCACGGGCGGAGGUGGAGGUGGAGGCGACGGUUGGGAAAGAGCCGCCAGCAGGCUCGGAGGCCAUCUCUAGCCAGAAGGCUCCGGUGGCGGAGGGAUUGCGCUUGCACCUCUCGAGCAGCAGCAGCACCGGCUACAAGGGCGUGUGCUAUGAGCAGCAGAGCGGCCGCUACCGAGUAUUCCGGACUGAGGGGAGCAGAACCAUCUGCAUCGGCGUUUUCCACACGGUCAUCGAGGCGGCGGUGGCCUACGCGCGGGCGGGGCUGAAGCUGCACCUCGCCGGCGGCAGCACCACCGGCUACAAGGGGGUGCGCAAGCUCACCCAGCAGGCUGGCCGCUUCGAAGCGCGUCGCUACGAGGGGAGCAGGACCAUCUACAUCGGCGUCUUCGACACGGCGGUGGAGGCGGCGGUGGCGUAUGCGCGGGCGAUCGGCGAGUACCAGCCUCCGACAGUGUCUGCGGAGGCGGAGGGCUUUCGCUUGCAACUCUCCAGCAACGGCACUGGCUACAAGGGGGUGUGCAAGCAGCCCUCUAGCCGCUUCAAGGCGCACCCCAAGGUGGGCGACAGGAAGGUCUACCUCGGCACCUUCGACACGGCGUUGGAGGCGGCGGUGGCCUGCGCGCGGGCUGUGGGGGGGAGGCGGACGUAG